AUGAACCGACACCAUCCGUACGGAGGUCCCUACACCAGCCCCCCACGCAGGGGUGGCCCACCCGGUGGUUUCGGGCCUGACAGAUCGCACCGCUUCUCUGACAGGGGUGGUCCCCCUCGAGGUCGAGGUCAUGGUCGUGGCGGUCGCGGUGCUGGCGGUAAUGCUGGCGCCGGCGCUGGAGCCCCCCAAGGAGGCAGUACCUACGGAGGGUACGAGGGCAAUUUUGGCGGCUUUGAUCAAGGUCCCCCGCAAGGCGAUAUGGGGGGGUACAAUAACUACGAGUCCGCUCCUGGUCAAGACCCUUUUUACCAGAAUGGUAGUUUCGAUUCAACGCCAGCACCAGGAGAAUACGGCUCUUCAGCAGAUUCAUCAGGUCGGUUCAACCAAGGCUACGGGAACUUUGAAGACGAUUCAGGUUCUAACUAUGGUCAGAGUGGGUAUGGUGGCCGACCACCUAAGCGAUUCCCACGUCGUGAAAAGGAUGAUAAAUAUGAGACCGACAGCGAUGACGUUCGCCGACUGUUUGAAGAACAUGGAGAAAUUCGAACCUUCUUUGACCUGAUUGCAAAUCGGGGGAUGGUAUUUGUGACUUACUUCGAUUUACGCGCUGCUGAGCGUGCUCGAGAGCGUCUUCAAGGCUCUGAAAUUAGUGGCCGCCCAAUUGAUGUGCACUACUCUCUACCACGUGAUGACCACGGCGCAAGAGGGGGAGAAAAAGACAAGAAUCAAGUAGGCCUCUUCAGUCAUUUAGUGCUGCUUGAGCAGAUUUUCAUUAUGCACACUCAUACCCAGCAGUUACAGGGAACUCUCCUUGUUACUCUGAGAAAUUCUGCCACUGGACAAGCAAUUGAUGACAACGAGGUGCGCCGCAAGUUUCAACAGUUUGGCGAUGUCAAGUCAGUCAGUCCCGCGGGAGACCGUACCGACCAGCGUUUCGUGGAGUUUUAUGACACCAGAGCCUGCGAUGAGUCUCACGAUCGCCUCCGACAUCAAGGCCUGCAGGACGGAGUAAUGGAGAUUGUCUUUGCCGCUGAUGGUGAGGAUCCUAGAGGUCUCUCUCCUCGGUGA